GAUGAACAGAAGUUGAUCAACAAAUUGUCUGAAAAUUAUGAUAUUUUGGCGAGACCAAUAUUCAAUGCAUCCGAUAUCGUGACAAUUAAAUUUGGAAUGGCAUUGAUACAGCUACUUGAUAUGGAUGAGGUUAAUCAAGUUUUAACGAUCAAUGUUUGGUUAGAACAGGAAUGGCAGGAUGAAAGAUUAUUGUGGAAUCCAGAAGAUUAUAAUGGUUUAAAUGUGUUACGUAUUCCUUGUGAGAAAAUUUGGUUACCGGAUAUUGUGCUUUAUAACAGUGCUGAUGAUUUUACAACGGGUUAUAUGAAAAGCAAAGCUAUGGUGUCGUAUGAUGGUAAUGUGUUUUGGGCACCACCAGCGAAAUUCAGGAGUUCAUGUAAAAUAGAUAUUACAUACUUUCCUUUUGACGAUCAGCGGUGUGAAUUAAAAUUCGGAUCGUGGACAUACGAUGGAUUUCAGGUAGACAUUGUGAAUCGAUCUGAUCGUGUUGAUUUAGCGAAUUAUGUAUAUAGUGGUGAAUGGGAACUUAUUGAUGUGAAAGUGGUACGCCAUGAAGUGUACUAUGCCUGUUGUAAAGAACCAUACCCUGAUGUGCGAUUUACUAUCAUUAUCCGUAGAAAAACUUUAUAUUACUUGUUUAAUAUUAUUUUUCCGUGUUUGUGGUUAACUAUUUUAAGUUUGUUGGGGUUUUGGUUACCACCAGAUUCGGGUGAAAAAAUAACUCUCGGUAUAACUGUGUUAUUAGCCUUUUCAGUGUUUAUGUUAUUAAUAGCUGAAAGUAUGCCGGCAACUUCAGAAUUUGUUCCUCUGAUAGGCAUAUAUUUAACAGUUACUAUGGCAAUGACCUCUAUGUCAAUUAUAUUAACAGUUUUUGUGCUACAAUUACAUCAUGUGGGACCACAUCAAAAACCUGUUCCAAGAUGGAUGAAAUCCCUCGUGUUUAACAUUUUAGCCAGAUUUGUAUGCAUGCGUUCAGUUGCUGACAGUACAAUGUCUAUGACGCGCACAAUUAAAAGUAAUGAUAUGUGUUUAUCAACGUAUAUGGAAAAUAUAGAGACCGGAAACUGUAAUGGCGGAAGGCCACAAAAUGGAAUGGUGUUAUCACGUGAUAGGACACAUGAACGGAAGGACGACCACUGUGAUAAAGUGACUAAUCACUUGAGAGUAUUAGUUGGUCGACAAGAUUCAGAAGAUGAACAUCAAGAUAUUGUACAGGAAUGGCAGUUUGUGGCUCAUGUAAUGGACCGACUACUGUUCUGGAUAUUUUUAUUCGUGGCUUUUGUGUCUUCCAUAGUUAUUUUAGUUAUAAAACCAUUAAUGAAGCCCGAUCUUUAA